AUGUGCUGCCGCGCGGGGGCGCGCUCACCCAACACUUCCCCACAGUGCGCAUCGCCGCUACCCGGGCUCCGGACGCAGGACGUCUGCUGCCGAGGGGCUGGCCUGGCUUGGGGUGUUCACGACUGCCAGCCGUGUUCGGGGUACCUGGGCAACUCCAACAGUUUGGGCGCCCUUGAUGGACCUUGUCCAGCCGGUUUUGAAAGAGUGAAUGGGUCCUGCGAAGACGUGGAUGAGUGCGCGACAGGUGGGCGCUGCCAGCACGGAGAGUGUGCCAACACGCGCGGUGGGUACACCUGCGUGUGUCCCGACGGCUUCCUGCUCGACUCCUCCCGCAGCAGCUGCAUCUGUGAGUCCCCGGGAGAGGGUUUUCGUGAGAUCUGUCCUGCUGGGCCCGGCUACCACUACUCGGCCUCUGACCUCCGCUACAACACCAGGCCCCUGAGCCAGGAGCCACCCCGGGUGUCCCUCAGCCAGCCCCGUGUUCCACCCUCCACCUCUAGGCCACCUGCAGAGCCCAGACCUGAAAGCAGGCCUGAGCGAAGGCCAGAGUCUAGACCCGAACGCCGGCCAGAGACCCCAACAGAACGACGACCAGAACCCCGACCCGAAAGUCGGCCAGACACCCGGCCUGAUCGUCGGCCAGAGACCAGGCCUGAUCGUCGGCCAGAUGCCCAACCUGAAAGUCGGCCAGACACACGGCCAGAUCGUCGGCCAGACACACGGCCAGAUCGUCGGCCAGACACGCGGCCUGAUCAUCGGCCAGAUCGUCGGCCAGACACACGGCCUGAUCAUCGGCCAGACACACGGCCAGAUCGUCGGCCAGACACACGGCCAGGCCCUGAGCUUCCCCUGCCCAGCAUCCCAGACUGGACUGGUCCUGAGACGUCUGAAUCAGGUUCCUCCGUGGGUGUCUGUCAGCGCAACCCCCAGGUCUGCGGCUCCGGAAGGUGCAUCCCACGGCCGGGCGGCCACACGUGUGCCUGCGACCCGGGUUUCCAACUCAACCCUCAGGGCACGCACUGCAUCGAUGUGGACGAAUGUCGCCGAGUGCCCGCGCCCUGUGUUCCGGGGCGCUGUGAGAACACACCUGGCAGUUUCCGCUGCGUGUGUGGCCCGGGAUACCGGGCCAGCCCCAGGGCUGGGGAGUGCCUGGACGUGAACGAGUGUCACCGCGUGCCGCCGCCCUGUGAGCGUGGUCGCUGCGAGAACACCCCCGGCAGCUUCCUGUGCGUGUGCCCGGCCGGCUACCAGGCUGCCCCGCACGGAGGCAGCUGCCAGGAUGUGGACGAGUGCGCCCAGAGCCCGGGCGUCUGCGGCCGGGGGGUCUGCGAGAACCUGCCCGGCGCUUUCCGCUGCGUUUGCCCGGCCGGCUUCCGGGGCGCCGCGUGCGAGGAGGACGUGGAUGAGUGUGCCCAGGACCCACCGCCCUGCGGGCCGGGCCGCUGUGACAACACGGUGGGCUCCUUUCACUGUGCCUGCCCCGCCGGCUUCCGCUCCCGGGGGCCGGGGGCCCCCUGCCAAGACGUGGACGAGUGUGCGCGGAGCCCCCCGCCCUGCGCCUACGGCCGGUGUGAGAACACCGAAGGCAGCUUCCAGUGCGUCUGCCCCACGGGCUUCCAACCCAGCGCCGCCCGCUCCCAGUGCGAGGAUGUGGACGAGUGCGAGAACCACCUGGCGUGUCCCGGGCAGGAGUGUACGAACACACCGGGCUCCUUCCAGUGCAGGGCCUGCCGGGCUGGCUACCACCUGCAGCGCGGCCGCUGUGCUGAUGUGGACGAAUGCAGUUCGGGCUCCUCCUGCGGCCCUCAUGGCCACUGUACUAACACCGAAGGCUCCUAUCGCUGCAGCUGCUCCCCGGGCUACCGGGCGCCCGCUGGUCAGCCCGGGCCCUGCGCAGACGUGAACGAGUGCCUGGAGGGUGACUUCUGCUUCCCCCACGGCGAGUGCCUCAACACCGACGGCUCCUUUGCCUGUACUUGUGCCCCGGGCUACCGACCCGGGCCUCGCGGAGCUUCUUGCCUUGAUGUGGACGAGUGCAGCGAGGAGGACCUUUGCCAGAGCGGCAUCUGCACCAACACCGAUGGCUCCUUCGAGUGCGUGUGUCCCCCGGGGCACCGCGCCAGCCCAGACCUCGCCUCCUGCCUGGAUGUGGACGAAUGUCGCGAGCGGGGCCCGGCCCUGUGUGGGUCCCAGCGCUGUGAGAAUUCCCCCGGCUCCUACCGCUGUGUCCGGGACUGCGACCCUGGCUACCAUGCCGGCCCGGACGGCACCUGUGACGACGUGGAUGAGUGCCUGGAGUAUGGCCCAGCGAUCUGUGGCGCUCAGCGCUGCGAGAACACCCCUGGCUCCUACCGCUGCGUACCGGCCUGCGACCCUGGCUAUCAGCCCACGCCAGGCGGGGGAUGCCAAGACGUGGAUGAAUGCCGGAACCGCUCCUUCUGUGGGGCCCACGCCGUGUGCCAGAACCUGCCUGGCUCCUUCCAGUGCCUGUGUGACCAGGGCUACGAGGGGGCGAGGGACGGACGUCACUGCGUGGAUGUGAAUGAGUGCGAAACACUGCAGGGUGUGUGUGGCACUGCCCUGUGUGAGAAUGUCGAAGGCUCCUUCCUCUGUGUCUGCCCCACCAGCCCUGAGGAGUUUGACCCCAUGACUGGACGCUGUGUCCCCCCCCGGACUUCUGCUGCCGAGUACCAGUCACUGUGCCCCCACGGCCGGGGCUACCUGGCGCCCAGUGGAGACCCGAGCCUCAGGAGAGAUGUGGACGAGUGCCAGCUCUUCCGGGACCAGGUGUGCAAGAGCGGCGUGUGCGUGAACACCGCCCCGGGCUACUCCUGUUACUGCAGCAACGGCUACUACUACCAUGCCCAGAGACUGGAGUGUGUGGAUAACGACGAGUGUGCGGACGAGGAGCCGGCGUGCGAAGGCGGCCGCUGCGUCAACACGGUGGGCUCUUACCACUGCACGUGCGAGCCCCCGCUGGUGCUGGACGGCUCGCGCCGCCGCUGCGUCUCCAACGAGAGCCAGAGCCUGGACGACAAUCUGGGAGUGUGCUGGCAGGAAGUAGGAGCUGACCUUGUGUGCAGCCGUCCCCGGCUGGACCGCCAGGCCACCUACACAGAAUGCUGCUGCCUCUAUGGGGAGGCCUGGGGCAUGGACUGCGCCCUCUGCCCCGCCCAGGACUCAGAUGACUUUGAGGCUCUGUGCAAUGUGCUGCGCCCUCCUGCCUAUAGCCCCCCGCGGCCCGGUGGCUUCGGACUCCCCUACGAAUAUGGCCCAGACUUAGGCCCGCCGUACCAGGGCCUCCCCUAUGGCCCCGAGCUGUACCCGCCCGUGCUCCCCUACGACCCCUACCCACCGCCACCUGGGCCUUUCGCCCGCCGGGAGGCCCCGUAUGGAGCACCACCCUAUGACAUGCCGGACUUUGAGGACGAUGGGGUCCCCUAUGGUGAACCCGAGGCUCCUGUGCCACCCGGCCCGGGCACCCGCUGGCGCUAUCGGCCCCGGGACACCCGGGGCUCCUUCCCAGAGCCUGAGGAGUCACCUGAAGGCGGAGGCUACGCGGGCGCCCUGGCUGGGCCCUACGAAGGGCUGGAGGCAGAGGAGUGUGGGAUCCUGGACGGCUGCGCCCAUGGCCGCUGUGUGCGAGUCCCGGAGGGCUUCACCUGCGACUGUUUUGACGGCUACCGGCUGGACAUGACCCGCAUGGCCUGCGUUGACAUCAACGAGUGCGAUGAGGCCGAGGUGGACGCUCCGCUCUGCGUCAACGCGCGCUGCGUCAACACGGACGGCUCCUUCCGCUGCAUAUGCCGCCCAGGAUUCGCACCCUCGCACCAGCCCCAUCACUGCGCGCCCGCCAGGCCCCGGGCCUGAGCCCGCAGCCCUUCCCCGCGCCUGCGCAC